UAUCACGAGCCGCAUACAGUACACAAGGAACUGGAGCAGUAUGAUGUUUUCGUGACUCUCCAAACAGUGUUUGGACGACAUUGUUUACGCGACUUUUCCUUUGUUUCUUUGACAGAGAUAUUUGGUUUAGUUUGUAAACAUAGAUCAUUGACUGCCAACAAUACCGCUGCGCUUUAACUGAGAUGAUUUACUCUGCAAGCUGUUAGUGAUCAGGGUUUGUGUUUCAAUCUAAUGUAUUGGUGACCCUCAACACCAUGAAGUCUGAUAUUCCUUACAAAAAGAUGGUUGAUGUGGAGCCAAGCAGAGAGGAAGUACAAUAUAGCUCACAAAAGUAUUACAGAUGCCUGAUCAUCCUUACCUGUGUAACCACAGUGUUGCUGAUACUUCUGUCUCUCCAAACGCUGCUUCUUCCUAUGUCAACAUCCUCCUCGAAAUCACAUGGACAGCAGGAGCAUCUUCUGAUCAGAGAAACCUGUGCUGAUCCCUGCAGGAUCAUUUUAGUGGAAAGUAUUCCCGAGGGACUUGCUUUUAACUCCUCGACCGCUCACCAAUCCAUAUAUGAAGCUUGGCUCAAUCUUAUAUCCGUUGCUGAAAGCAGUCUGGAUGUCGCCUCCUUCUACUGGACUCUUACCAAUAAUGAUACGAAAACGCAUGAACCCACAGCCAGUCAGGGCGAGCAGGUUUUACAGGAAUUAGGGCGGCUCUCUGGGAAAGUAUCUGUUCGAGUUGCGGUCGAUAAGCCAUCAGAAGGGAAACCACUGGAUGACAUUCAGUUCCUUGUGAAUUCUGGUGCUGACGUGCGGAUGGUGAAUAUGCGAGAGCUGACGACAGGUGUACUGCACACCAAAUUCUGGAUUGUGGAUAAAAAGCACAUUUACAUAGGCAGUGCCAAUAUGGACUGGAGAUCACUAACCCAAGUGAAGGAGUUGGGUGCGGUUGUGUACGACUGCGGGUGUCUCGCUGAAGACCUCGGAAAGAUUUUCGAAGCCUAUUGGUACCUAAAUCAGACCAAGACAGUUCCCGCCCAAUGGCCCAGCACGUACUCGACUCUGUACAAUAAGGACUCACCAAUGCAGAUAUCCCUCAAUGGGAGUGACUCCAGUGUCUAUCUAUCAAGUUCUCCACCUUCAUUAUGUGCUGAAGGCAGAACUCCAGACCUGCAGUCCAUCCUCAGUGUCAUCAGUGAUGCUCAAAAGUUUGUCUAUAUAGCUGUCAUGAACUAUCUUCCCACUAUGGAGUACUCCAAAUCCAAAAGGUACUGGGCAGAUAUUGAUACUCAGCUGCGACAAGUGGCUUAUGAGCAUAAGGUUCGAGUGCGUUUGCUGAUCAGUUGCUGGGGCAGCACCAGUCCCAUCAUGUUGUCUUUCCUCCGCUCACUCGCUUCCUUACAAGACAACAGCAAGCUGGAUGUUCAAGUGAAAAUUUUUAUUGUGCCUUCCAAUCCUCGGCAGAAAGAAAUUCCAUUUGCCAGAGUCAACCAUAACAAGUACAUGGUCACGGACAGGAUUGCUUAUAUAGGUACCUCUAAUUGGUCCGGGGACUACUUUGUGAACACAGCUGGUUCUGCAUUAGUGGUAAACCAAACUUCAGCCAAAUCAGGAACCCCUACAGUCCAGGAGCAACUACAGGCAGUAUUCGAAAGGGACUGGGAUUCAUCAUACAGCAAGGAGAUCAACCAUAACACCAAUCACAAAGAUGUUUGCUAGGCAAGACUUUUCACCCUGCAGGGGACGCUGUAGCUCUAUUUUGGGGGGUCUGAAAUGCACCUGGCCAUCAGUUAAAGGGAUAGUUCACUUUAAAAUGAAAAGUCUGUCAUCAUUUACUCAUCCUCAUGUUGUUCUAAACCUAUAUGAAUUUUUUUUCUAAUGAACACAAAAAAAAUAUUUUGAGAAAUGAUGGUAAACACACAGCAGUAAGUGACCAUUGACUUCCAUAGUAGGAAAAAAAUAUUUUUGAAGUAUUGUGAUAAAUGACUAAGAAAAUAUUUUGAUAAAUGAUGGUAAGCACACAGUUGACAGUACCCAUUAAAUUCCAUCAUAUUUUUUUAUUCCUACUAUGGAAGUCAAUGGACACUAUCUGCUAUGUGUUUACCGUCAUUUCUCAAAAUAUCUUUUGUGUUCAUCAGAAAAAAGAAAUUCAGGUCUAGAACAACAUGAGGAUGAGAAAAUGAUGACAGAAUUUUCAUUUUAAAGUGAACUAUCCCUUUAAAUAUUUCUUUUCACAAAAGUUAAAGGUAUAUUGUACAGAUAUUUUAUGAUUUUUUUGUACUUAUCUCCACAAAGGAAUUCACACUUACACUUCAUAACUGUAGCAUUUUAAUACCUUUGCAUAAAAUUUGCACAUAACGUCUUUUAACAGACAAGCAAUACCUCUUUACAGAGACACUUUCCUAUUGAUUCAUGUCUUUAUACAUUGAUACAUGUGAAGUAUUCUAACCCUCAUCUAAUAAGACAUUUAUUAAUUGAUUUAAAAAUUAAUUGAUUUUCUUUUGCAUCGUUUCAUUAUUGUGUUGUGCUGUCUUGCACCUCUUAAAGGAACAGGUUACCUAAAAAUGAUUUACCCUUAUUCAAACAUGUAUUUCUUUCUUUUUUCCAUUGAACAAAUGUGUUUCUUGUAAGGCAGAAUGUUUUAGGGACUGCAUGAUCACCCCAGUCACCAACAUUCUGUCUUUUGUAUUUUAAGAAAGAAAGUAAUGAGUAUGUGGAAAUUAUGACAGAUUUUAUUAUUUUUAGGUGAAUCGGCAUUAUUUACUUUUUAAUAUUGUCAAGGCCUGUAUCCCAUCAAAUAAUCUUUUUUGGGUGUAGCCGUGGACAUCACUAAGUGCAUUACUUUUUAAAAGCCAUUUUAUGUUACAUUGCCAUAAUAGGACAGCCAGUAGCAAUGAUUACACAUGAACUUUGUCCUCAGGACAAAAAAGGGUAUUAAAGUGUGAGGUGAGUUUAUAUUGUAUUAGUAAACCUGGAAUUAAGAAUCAGUGUUGUGUGAUGUUUUAACUUUUUUAUCCCAAACCUCUCAUGUUUUUGAAAAUACAUUUUAUUAAAACAUCUGUUCAUUAGGAGUACUUUUUAAGAGAGUAUUUUCAUAGGUUCAUUUUACAUUUACAUUUAAUUUGUAUAUUUUGUGAAUUGAUAAACUGCUGUGGGUUUUAAAUAAAAAUAUUUUGAAUAAGA